CCCAACACAGAAAUGCUAAAAAAACACACCCGAAAGAUUCGGAAGCAGUGUCCUGCUCAAUAAGCCCUAAAACCCUAUAACCCAUCGAAACCCUUUCUUUCCACAAAGCCAAACAACAACCUCUUGAACCACUCACCGCAACGCAAGAUGAAUUUCAACAACAUGAAGAUCCCAAAGGUUCCUGGCGGUGGCGGAAUUUCUGCUUUGCUUAAAGUUAGCAUUCUUGGUGGACUUGCUGUCUAUGGAGCUACAAAUACUUUGUAUAAUGUUGAGGGUGGUCAUCGUGCUAUUGUCUUUAAUCGAAUUGUUGGUGUCAAAGAUAAGGUCUAUCCUGAAGGAACACAUAUUAUGAUCCCGUGGUUUGAGAGGCCUGUGAUCUAUGAUGUUCGUGCACGACCUCAUUUAGUGGAGAGCACUUCAGGAAGCCGUGAUCUCCAAAUGGUGAAAAUUGGACUUAGAGUUCUUACUCGUCCCGUGCCAGACCAAUUACCAACGGUCUAUCGAACUUUGGGUGAGAAUUAUAAUGAAAGGGUCCUGCCUUCUAUUAUACAUGAAACUCUCAAAUCUGUGGUUGCACAGUACAAUGCCAGUCAGCUCAUUACUCAGAGAGAGGCUGUUAGUCGAGAAAUAAGGAAGAUAUUGACCGAAAGGGCCUCCCAAUUCAACAUCGCACUGGAUGAUGUGUCCAUCACAAGUUUGACUUUUGGGAGGGAAUUCACAGCUGCAAUUGAAGCCAAGCAGGUUGCUGCUCAAGAAGCUGAGAGAGCAAAGUUUGUUGUAGAAAAAGCUGAACAAGACAAAAGAAGUGCUAUUAUUAGAGCACAGGGAGAAGCCACAAGUGCUCAAUUGAUUGGUCAAGCUAUUGCCAACAACCCUGCAUUUAUAGACUUAAGGAAAAUUGAAGCUGCUAGGGAAAUCGCUGUCCUGAUUGCAAAUUCUGCCAACAAGGUUUUCUUGAAUUCCGAGGAUCUCUUGCUGAAUCUCCAGGAAUUAACUUCGGAGUCCAGUGGAAAGAAAUAGUUAUGUUGCCAAGUUCACUUAUUUAUUUCAGUAAAUCUUUUUUCUUGUAUUAUGAUUAAUUUUCAAUUGUAUUCUAUCAACUGUUCAUAUGAGGUUCAGCUUUGCAAACUGAAAUAUGGACAAACUGAUUGCUGAUUGUCAUUAUCUUUUCAAUGGAACAUUUGAGAGAUAAGGGAUGUUAAAUAAGGUUUUAUGUGUUCUGUACUUUUUGUUCUUUAAUAGUUUCCAUUCUCCA